GGAACAAUGUGCGCCUGGGUAAAUGUUUCCGGCACCAGCGGGGCCCCGCAUUAGCCAUGAAUCAGUUCGGAGUAUCCAUGACCGAACCCCUGCACGCACAACCCAUGGAUGGGUCACAUGUCUUCGCGUCAAUGACAGGAUAAAUAUCUCGUUGCUCGCCAUUGAACGCCAAGCACAAGUCAACCUCGUCCUUCAGUUACAAUGGGUGGAUUCAAGCUCCUCAGCCUUGCUGCUCUUGCCAGCUCAACUCUUGCCGCACCGCUCGAGGAGCGCGCAAAGCAGCCCAAGAGCUUCUUCAAGGGCAUCGGCAACUCGACUUGGGUGAUUGGUAACGAUGUGUGGAACGUCACACAGAACCUCCAGUACGCCAACAAGCUCUGGUACAGGGGCAAGGACAGAGUUGGGCAAGCCGUAGGCCACUAUGUGAGCUACAAUGGCGCUGCCUCGGACCUCAAGUGGCUAUCUGCAUCGGUCGUGGACGAAGGUACCGACUGGAUCAACAUCAAGUUUAGCGCUGCCGAGGGUGACAUGCACUGGGUUAUCUACGACGGUCUCCACGGAUCAUACCAGUACUUCGUCAACCACGCGCUCCCUACUCUUGGCGAGUUCAGAACGCUUUGGCGCCUCGAUAAUGUGUCAUUCCCGAACGCGCGAACUAAUGUCAAGGAUGGACCUCUACCAGCACUUGCUGAGUACGCCAUCUCUACAAACGUUCAGGACGAGACAUGGCAGAAGCCUGACGGCACCUUCUUGACAAAGUACGACUGGAGCAGCAAUGUUCGCGACAACGACUUCCACGGUGUCUAUGGCGAGGAGGUGGGAAGCUGGUAUCUGAACCCUGGAAAGGACUAUUUCAACGGUGACCACCUGAAGCAGGAGCUCUUCGUCCAUCGUGAAUCAAAGACCGGCGACGCCGUCCAGCUCAACAUGAUCCACGGCACGCACUACCAAGCCGUCUCGCGCGACGUGUUCGCCGACGGCAAAGUCUGGGGCCCCUGGCUCUGGUACCUGAACGACGGCUCAAAAGAGGAUGCCGCAUCCCGUGCCGCACAGGAGGAGUCCGCAUGGCCCUACAAAUGGUAUAACGACAAAGCCUACCAAUCGCGCGGCAAAGUCCAAGGCCGCCUGCUCCUCUCCGACGGCCGCCCAGCAGCCGGCGCAGCCGUCUUUCUAAGUGACAACAACAACUCGACCAUCUCGACGCUCGACCAGGGUAAGGACUUCUACUACACCGCCUACGCCGACGCAAACGGCAAGUUCUCCUUCAAGGACGUCCGCACCGGCUCCUACGCACUGCAAGCCUGGGGCAACGGCGGCGCAAUCAGCGACGUCAUCACCAACUUCACACAGAACAACGUCGAGAUCCGCAAAGGCGAUACUACGAACUUGAAGGACUUGACAUGGAAAGUUACAGACAAAAGCAAGCGGAUCUUCCAAAUCGGCGCCUUCGACCGUAAGACAGAUGGCUUUGCGCUAGCAGACCCGGGCAAGCCAUUCGAACACGGUCGCAUCUCCAAGGCGCCUGGAAACUUGACGUACACGGUUGGCAGCAGCACGGAUAAGGACUGGUAUUUUGGGCAGUCCGCGCUGGGAACGUGGAGUGUGAACUUCCCCGCCCCGAAAACUACGGCUGCGUCCAAACUCACGGUCUCGCUUGCUGGGUUCUCUCAGGGAUCGAGUUGCGAUAUCCUCCUCAACGAUGUGAAGAUCGGCAACAUCACCAGCGCGAGUUUGCUGAACAGUCAGGACACGUACCGUGGCGCUACGCGCAAUGGAGAGUGGAGACUGCUGGAGUUCCCUGUUGGCGCCGAGACGUUCAAGAACGCGACGAACAAGCUGGAUAUCAAGGUGACCAGGACUACACAAUGGAGGGGCUGGCUGUGGGAUAGUCUUGUGCUUGACCAGAUUUGAAACCGCCUCUGGAGUUGUCAGUAUAUUGGUACAAUAUCUAUUGCAGUACAGUCGACAUGAAUUACCCGUUAUUCCGUAUGAUCACAACGGUCAGCGAGUAGAUGCUGGUAUACCACACUCUCUGCCUGCAAGAAGAAGGAGCUUGGAAUGCGUCACUUCACAUGAGAAGGUAGUUGAUAGAGGCGAGGAUGUACAGACAACGUACUCUAUCAUGACCAGAAACGUAUAGAACAGGCGGAGAAUAUAACAGCCGCGA